AACCCCCCCUCGCAUCACACCACCGUGAUGCUGCUGUCAAAGAGGCUGGAACUACACAGCCUGUACCAUUAUGCUGCUAUAUAGCCUAUUAGCCAUCACCAGAGAGGAGAUGGCCUUCCAUUAAGAGGAGGGAAUUCAUUCAAUCGAUAUUCUAACGUCCGUUUACACGCACCAGAAUUGCUUGCAGACUCUUGUCUCACGUGCUUGCAGCCUGUCAGCGUGGCCUACCCAUGGCAGAGCAGGACUCCACCGAGAAGAAGCUUCCAGCUGUGGCUGCACUGCACACUCACUUCAUUGUGGGCUCUGUGUCCGAGGAUAACUCCGAGGAUGAGACCGCAGGGAAGCUGGACCUGCAGAUGGAGGACAAUCCACGCUCCCUUUCCCCCUCCUCCGUCAGCUCAGACAGCACUUAUGAGAUGGGCUUUGACAGCCUGGACGGGGCCUUGCUCAAUAUAAGAGACGAUGAUGUAGACCGAAAAUUCAAAGAAGAAUGGACAAAAAAGUAACUAUGCCUUUAUUCU